AUGGAUGAUAUUUUAUCACACAUCGAGGAUAAAUAUGAGUAUAAAAAAUUUCUAGAUGCAAAUGCGUGGAGCACAUACUUAAAAACAUCCACGGAGGCACUUGAGCGCACUAAUUUUAGUAUAGACAUUUUAUUAUUAAGUGAAAUAAAUAUCAGACAAGCGGAGCUGCCGUUAUAUUGUAUAGAUGGGUAUGAUAUGCAUGGGUUUACAAUAGAAAAUAGACGAGGAGGAGGCUUAUUAGUGUACUCUAAAAAUGAAUUGCGCCUGCAAACAGUAAACCCGCAAAGCUGUGGUUUGGAAAUAUUGCACAGUCAAUUUAAGAGCUCUGACACCACCAUACGCAUAAUCACCGUAUACAAACCGCCAAACACAAAUAAGUUACGCUGUAUUCAAGAAUUAUCUGUACUAAUUAAGCAAAUUCCCGAAUACGAGGACUCAUUAUUGCAGGUGAUAUGA